GCACGCAGUGCAUUUCCGCUCAUAAUAGCAUGGCUACUUUAAACAGAAAGCAAGUCUUGAGGCUCUUAACCCGCUUCGGGGCGUUUAUCCUCACGCGUUUUGGAUUCUGGAAUUGCUUCAGUAUGCUCAUGUUGUUUGCUGAACGAGCGGAUAUUAAGCGGAAGCCUGAUAUUCAGGUGCCCUAUUUGUAUCUGGACAUGGGAGCCGCUGUGCUUUGUGCCAGCUUUAUGUCCUUUGGAGUGAAGAGGAGAUGGUUUGCACUGGGUGCUGCCCUCCAGCUGGCUAUCAGCACAUACGUGUCCUUUGCGGGAGGACAUGUGCACUACAGCGACUGGCUGAAGGUGCGGAUGUACUCCCGGGCCUUUGCCAUCAUUGGGGGGUUUUUAGUCCUGGCCAGCGGUGCUGGAGAGGUCUACCGACAGAAACCCCGCACCAGAUCCCUACAGUCCACUGGGCAGGUUUUCCUGGGCAUCUACUUGAUUUGCAUGGCAUAUUCACUGCAGCACAGCCCAGAGGACAGGCGGGCUUAUCUGAACCACAUUCCUGGAGGGGAGGUGACCCUGCAGUUGCUGUUCGUGUUGUAUGGUGUCUUGGCGCUCUCCUUCCUCUCUGGCUACUACGUAUGCCUUGCUGCGCAGAUCCUGGCCACCCUGCUGCCUCUGGUGGUCCUCUUCAUUGAUGGCAACGUGGGCUAUUGGCACCACAACCAGCGUGUGGAGUUCUGGAACCAGAUGAAGCUGAUUGGGCAGAAUGUGGGGGUCUUUGGAGCAGUGCUCAUCCUAGCCACCGACGGCUAAGUGCCCCCAAGCGACUCCCCAGCAAAAAAUUUGCCUGGGCUAACAGUCUGUUUGGAGGGGAAGUGUCACAUGGGUUUCUCAGGGGUUGACUAUCUACCAUCCUUGUGGCUGGAUGGGUACUCCUGCACGUCCAGCAUGAUAGGUAUGAGAGUGGGUACAGGGUCACGUGAUCUGGGCUCACAUCACUGCCGGCCUGUCACGAAUAUCUUUCUGUCCAGCCGCUCUCCUGCACCAGCAGAAAAUAUCCCUCGAUGUUCUCCUUAUUUUAAAAAAGCAGAUUUUUGUGUUUUGGUUCAAAUCAGACUAUAAUUUAAUUUCUAUAUUCUUAUAUUUUAAAUUUAGAUUUUAUUAAAAUUUAUUUUUUGGUUUACGAUAUGCUGGUUUCACCAGUUUAAGGUGCUCGUAGUGGAAAUACUUGUUUACUGUCUGGUUUGAAUGGUAUAUUUGCGGGUGAAAUGCCUUCAUUUUGUUUUCUUUUUACACUAAUUUCCAGUACUUGUUGCCUUCUACAGCGCUUUUACCAUUGUUCCUCAGUCCAUACAUAGCUGUAAUUGUUGAGACGGUUCUACUUAAUUUUUUUUUUUGGAUUGAAUGCUGAUUUUUAGUAGGAAAUAUUUUGGUCAUCAUUAAUUCAAGGGGGGUUUCUCUCUUUCUCCUUUAUCUUUAUCUGUUGUUUUCACACUUUCUUGACUAUGUGAACAGUGUCCUAUGGACAGUGAAGACUGAGGGAAUAAACUCGAUACAGCCGUGAAGUGUGAGCAUUAUGGCCGGACCUUUAAUUUGUUGGAGUGCAGGAGGAACCAAAGAGCCGCUCAGUUUGAGACUUAUAGUGAAGGUGUUGAAACAUGCUUGACAAUGUGCUUAUUGACAGUCCUGGGUCAUCGCUGAUGACGCUGCUUAUGUAUUAAACUGCAAGAAAAACCUUAAUGGUGGGUAAAUCUGGUUCUGAAUCAGUAUGUUCAAUGCAAAAAAAAAAAAGAUUCUUUUCUAUGACAGUCUUGGACUUGUAUAUCUCUCUCUCUCUCCAUCUUCUCUCUCUCUGUCCUCUCUCGUGUUGUAAUUUAUUGGGAAACUGAAAUAUUCCUAAUGCUUUGCUGGAUCACAGUUUUCCUGUUAAGGAUCAAUAACCCUAGUCAGCAAGUCUCUCAGUGGCAGAGUGUCCCGUUUACAAUAUUGAAUGGCAUUCCUCAUACAAGGGAGAAUGAAGACCACCGGCUGAGGGGCCGUGCUGCACAACGGUUGGCAGUUAUUUCAUGAAAAAACUAAGACACUAUUAAGAGAGUAGCUGAAGUGUACGUUUUCCGUUCAUGCUGCUGUAUAGAAGCAUACCUAUUUAAAUAGACUUGCUGACAAAUUUCCAUGCUUAUUUACAUAAUGUCAGAAAUGGUAACGAAUUUUUAUUAUUUUUUUUUUACCAGCUAUGCUUUUACCUUUUAAAUAAGCAGUAUGGAUAGGUAAAUUAGGAUACACAGUAUUCACUGAAAACGGUUGUUUGAAAAUAGAAGUACUGUUUUAAAUAAGCAAAUUGUUCAUAUGUCAAUCAAAUACUUGUAUGUUAUUGAAAAGUCGACGGUUUUACAAAUGGAUAUUAUCUUGACCUUUCCAAGGAUUUGUUUCCAAUAAUAAAAUUAUAUUGGUAAAUAUAA